UCAAGGAUUUUCAACUAAUGCUGCCUCUAGCUUUGAACAUCAAUGAAGAGCUGGGGCUAGGAAAGUAGGAGAAAUACCACUAUCUAAUUAUGUAGGUCCUUACAGAUCUUUUUCCCUUGAUGGUCAAAGAUCACCCCCCAGGUGGACACUGCCUGGUGAUGCUUUUGCCUAGGACAAAUGAUCUGAGACAGCCACGGGGCUCCUCCUCCUGGAUCUGAGUGGGACAGCUUGGCCACGGACAGGAAGAAGAAGCCAAUGAGGCAAUCCCAGAACUUGGCAGGGCUUGGGAUGGAAAGAUUGAAACCAAAGAGGUGAGGGGACAAGAGUGGCCAGAACCCCCGUCAGAAGCUCUAGAGGUCUUCAGCUUCUCAGUGUAUGUGUAAGCAGGAUACCAGACCAAACAGACCUUUGGUCAGGCCAAGUAUGAUCUUGCUAAAGGCUUUGAUCAGCUACAGCACGUUACCAAGCACUCAGGCAAGAAAUGGUUGCGCAGCUUUUAUUAGGGGUGCCUACGUUUGCAUAACUGAGCAGUCACAUCAGUGCCUUUUCCAUUUCAGACCUCUCUCCCUGGAUUUCUCUUCCCAGAACCAAGGUUGCCCCACGAGGAAGAGCCACCCCUAGGUCAGAAAGAUGGGGGAAAUGGAACAGAUGAAGCAGGAGGCUGAGCAGCUGAAGAAGCAGAUUGCGGAUGCCCGGAAAGCCUGUGCAGACACAACGCUUGCUCAGAUCGUGUCCGGUGUGGAGGUUGUUGGCCGCAUCCAGAUGCGGACCCGAAGAACCCUGCGUGGGCACCUGGCCAAGAUCUACGCCAUGCACUGGUCCACAGACUCCAAACUUCUGGUCAGUGCCUCACAAGAUGGGAAACUGAUCGUGUGGGACACGUACACAACUAACAAGGUUCAUGCCAUCCCUUUGCGUUCUUCGUGGGUCAUGACCUGUGCCUAUGCCCCCUCGGGCAAUUUUGUGGCCUGUGGAGGCCUCGACAACAUGUGCUCCAUCUACAGCCUCAAGACUCGUGAAGGCAAUGUCAAAGUGAGCAGGGAGCUCUCAGCCCAUACAGGUGGGUGUGCUCCCUGCCUGCAGCCUGCGUGCCCUCUGCUUCCAAACCUCACUCCUGUAGCCCUGUCCUAUUUCUUAUAUUUGCUUGUUCCCACCUCCCUCCCAGGUUACCUCUCCUGCUGCCGAUUUCUGGAUGACAACAACAUCGUGACCAGCUCUGGAGAUACCACAUGCGCGCUCUGGGACAUUGAGACAGGGCAGCAGAAGACGGUGUUCCUGGGUCACACCGGCGACUGUAUGAGCUUGGCCGUCUCCCCAGACUUCAAACUCUUCAUCUCUGGGGCUUGUGAUGCCACAGCCAAACUGUGGGACGUGCGAGAGGGCACCUGCCGCCAGACCUUCUCAGGGCACGAGUCCGACAUCAACGCUAUCUGCUUCUUCCCUAACGGGGAAGCCAUCUGCACCGGCUCCGAUGAUGCCACCUGCCGCCUCUUUGACCUGCGGGCAGACCAGGAGCUCAUCGUGUACUCCCAUGAGAGCAUCAUCUGCGGGAUCACAUCCGUCGCCUUCUCCCGCAGCGGGCGCCUCUUGCUUGCUGGUUAUGAUGACUUCAACUGCAACAUCUGGGACUCCCUGAAAGCAGAGCGUGUGGGAAUCCUUUCUGGCCACGACAACAGAGUGAGCUGCUUGGGGGUGACAGCAGAUGGCAUGGCCGUUGCCACCGGCUCCUGGGACAGCUUCCUCAAGAUUUGGAACUGAAGCCAGAAGCAGAGAGGGAAAGAGCAGCGGAAGCAUGGUCCACAACCAGAGCCCAUGCAAACAGCAUUGUCAGCUGAGCACAACAGAAAUGCCUCCUUAUCACUCCCGCUUGUCUCUAGACACAGGUCGCUUGUAGGGGUCUCCCCGAGUGAAAGGAAAAGGAGAGUUUGGGGAGGGGAAGCUGGAGAGCAGGAACACACACUGGCCCUUCUCUUCACCUCUAAACAGGCCCAGCAGCUUCCAGCCUUGUGCAGGCUUGAACACCUGCAAAACACUGUUCAUUGUAUCUCAGGACUUUACAUUCCAGUUCAGACACCCUGCGUCUUCCUUCAAACACCUCUACCUGCAUCGACACCCAUCCUUCAGAGGGCCCCUCAUCCAGCACCUCUGUCCCAGACUUAACUCUACCUGUGCUUCUCUGUGCAGCUGUGCAGACAGCCUCAGAGACAGACUGGGUUUGAGAAUUCUAUCAUACAACCUCAAACAAAAAGCUAGUGCAAAUUGGGCUCAUUUUCCACUGGGGAAGACUUAGCUCAAAUCUUAUCUAUGCAUAAAUGAGGGAGAGAUAGCCCUCAGGCCUGCUGGAAUACCAGGAAUCAUUAUAUUUAUUCUUAUUUAUUGUCUGCUUCUUGCUGUUCCUUCUCUUUUUGCCUCACCCCUGCAUUGUGUGGUGACCCUGUCAAAUCAGUAGCCAUCAGUCCAUUUUCAAGUCUGUUACAGACCUCCAUAGCCCAGGCAAAUAAAGAAAGCUCACAUAAGCACAGCAGGCUGUGUUCUUUCCAUCACUGCAAUGAGCUACUG